AUGCCCGAACCCGCCAAGUCUGCGCCCAAGAAGGGCUCCAAGAAAGCGGUCACCAAGACGGCCGGCAAAGGAGGUAAGAAGAAGAGAAGGACCAGGAAGGAGAGCUACGCCAUCUACGUGUACAAGGUGCUGAAGCAGGUCCACCCCGACACCGGGAUCUCCUCCAAGGCCAUGAGCAUCAUGAACUCCUUCGUCAACGACAUCUUUGAGCGCAUCGCCUCCGAGGCCUCCCGUCUGGCUCACUACAACAAGAGAUCCACCAUCACCUCCAGGGAGAUCCAGACCGCUGUGCGCCUCCUGCUGCCCGGUGAGCUGGCCAAGCACGCCGUGUCCGAGGGAACCAAGGCUGUGACCAAAUACACCAGCUCCAAGUAACCAGCUCUGCUGCUGAUGCUCCAACCCAACGGCUCUUUUAAGAGCCACUCACUGCAUCUGGAGAGCUUUGAUCAUGACUGCUAUAUUUUUACAGAACAAAGAAAUAGUGGAAAUGAUUUCAAGAAGGUGAGAAAUUUUGGAGAUGAAGGGGUUAAUUAUUUUUUAUUUAAGAACCUUGUGAAUGAUCAUCUCAAAGUAUUAGAUGUCAGAUUCUUUCUUCUUGCUGGCUCCUUUUCAGUCAAGUUCAUUUGUGCAGCACAUUUCAACAACAUUGCAGUUUCAAAGCUUUACAUAAUAAAAAAA